AAUAAAUGUCUUAGAUCAGGUUUGAAACCACAUAGGACACUACGUAUUAAAUGAAACAUGGGGUUAAUAUUGAUGAAGUUAAUUUUAUUCGCGGUGUGUGCUGUAAGUGUCAGAGGGAGGCGCUUGCCUACUGGCCGAAACGACACCACGGGAACUGAUGAUCAUCAAAACAACCCUUUAUCGGAGUGCCACUACAGGGACCCGGCGGUGAGCAAGUGCAUCGAGCGCGUGGCGACGGCGGCGCGCGGUGUGCUGGCGCGCGGCGCGCCCGCGCUUGGCGUGCAGCCGCUCGAGCCGCUGCGCGUGCCCAGCAUCCGCCUGCGCCAGCACAACGUGUCCGCGCGCAGCUUCAAGUACGACGCCUGGCUCGCCGACGUCACGCUCCACGGACUCACCGACUACUCCUUCAACCGAUUAGAUGUUUACCCGGAAGAGCUGAAGGUCACCACGAACAUCAGCUUGCCGCUUCUGGCCAUGUUUAGCGAGUAUGUGAUACUCGGGGAAUUCCAAAUGCUUCCCGUUGAAUCUACUGGGAAAAUGUCUGUCAACUUCACUCAGUGCACGGCGUCGAUCGAGGCGGUGGGCGCGCGCGCGCACAAGAGGCUGGUGGUGCGCGACGCCGCCGUGCGCCUGCGCUGCGCGGGCCCGUUGCACGCCGACCUCAUGGACGCGCACUCCUCCACCGGCGAAAUGGAAAUGAUAACGGAGCAUAUAGCGCGCAUGCACGCCGGCGACAUCGCGGGCGAGGUGCAGCCCGCGCUGGAGACUGCGCUGGCCAUGGUGCUGGAGGACGUGGCCAACAAGUUCCUCAAGCACCUCCCUGCCGACUCCGUCUUCCCCAACUAGCACUUCUCAUUUACACUGGUACUGCCUCAUUGACACCGUGCUACAGCAUUCAAAAUUUUUAUUAUUGUUAUAACUCUGGGGCCGUUCGGAAUCUACUACACCGGACAGCGUAGCGUCGUGGGCCUAGUGAACCGAGGCGAUGUGUGCCGUGGCGUGGCGGGCUGCACGUGUGGGUAUGUAGGUACCUACCUAUGUGCAUGCAUGAAUGUGUGAUGAAUUAUUAUUUUUAUUUCACUAAACAAAUAACAAACAUUAUUAAGGCUAGAUAAAGUCAAAGUUACGAAUUUAUUCACGUCUAGGCCGAAUAAUACACACAAACUGAUAAAACAGUAAUUGCAUUUAGUAUUCUGGAGGUUUUUCCAGAGACAAUCAGAUGACUUUGAGUUUUAUUUCUAGCGAAGGAAAAAUAGUAAUCAUGCAUAUUUUUAUAAUGUAUGUGUUAUACAUAUUUACAGUGAAUAUUUUAAAGCUCGUAUAUACCUAGUACACACACCGAAUUAGUGAAGGGGUAUUAUUGAACUGUCGAUUAAACAUACGCAAACGUUAUGACUUUACGAGCCUGAAAUAAUUAAAUUAUGUUUUAUCGCUUUCUUAGAAAUACAUAAGUGAAAAUGACAGUUAUUGUUUCCUACUACCCAAAGGUUGUCUGGAAGAGAUCGCUUUUUAGCGAUACUACCGCCUGUUGUUACCUAAUUGUUAUUUGUGUUCUCUUUGUAUUGUUCUUUUCAAUAUGUGGUGUACCAUACAAAUAAUAUAAAAACAAACAAUUCGUAGCUAAUUCAGGCUUGUAAUGCGUUUAUGAAUAACGCCAUAAGUGUUUAACAUUAUUUAUUACUUGUAGUAUGUAGGUACCUGUUUAUUUAACGCAAUGUGUAUUAUACAUUUAUAAAGUUAACGCUUUAUUGUAAUGUUGAACUAUGAAUUUAGGAUUUUAAAUAAAAUGGUACUGCGA